UCUGGGCUCCCCUCGGGUCCUGCUUGGAGAUUUUUCAGGACCGGCCUGAUUCUGGCGACUCGCGCCGCUGUGAGCUCACAUCCAGGAAAACGAAAGUGAAGAGUUGGACAGAGCAGAGCGGAGCGGAGUCCAUCAUCCCAGCCGGACGGCCGAGCGCUGUACUCGCACUUUCGUUGAGACGACGCGCACUUCGAGCAGCGCUCACAAUGUUAUCAAAGCUCAAUCCCCUCAACAUGGCUAAAGCCGCAUAUCAAUAUUGGAAAGGAGACACUGGCCAGGCUGACCAGGGGACAGGUAACAAAGCCUCUGCACCACUCCUGGAGCAGCCUUGGAGGCUGAUUGACUGGAGUCAAGAAAACAGGGAACAUCUAAAGGAGAACAUCCGAGCCUACCAGCCCCUGAGAGAAGACGUCCCAAAGCCCAGGAUUCUGCUCAUUGGUCAGAUCAGCGCCGGCAAGUCCACCUUCUUCAACUCCAUCAACGCCGUGUUCAGAGGCUACCCGAUCCACCAGGCUGAGAGUGGAUAUGAAGGCUACAGCUUGAGCAAAAAGUACAAGUCUUAUCCCAUUUCUGAUGGACGAGGUGGCCCGGAGUUGCCUUUCAUCCUGUGUGACACCAUGGGCCUGGAGAGGAGCGAUGGAGAUGGAGGCAUUCGUGUUGAAGACAUUCUGAGUGUCAUAGAGGGGCACGUCCAUCACCAGUACACAUUUAACCCUUGGGUUGCCAUAUCAAAGACUGAUCCCCACUACAGGACUAAUCCAACCCUUGCAGACAAAGUGCACUGUGUGGUCUACGUGAUUGACGCCUCAUGUCCCCUUGAAUCGAACCCCAGUGUUCUGAAAAUGUUAAAUGACAUUCGCUCAAAGGUCAAUGGGCUGGAGAUUCCCCAGCUGGUGCUGGUCACGAAGGUGGAUUUGGCCUGCAAUGAAGUACUGCGAGAUGUGCACAACGUGUACCAGAGCAGAUACAUGAAGAAUAAGAUGGAGCGACUUGAGCAGCAGCUCGGUGUCCCAGUGGCGCGCAUCAUUGCAGUGAAGAACUACUCGAGAGAGCUGGAGCUGAGUGACGCCAUCGACAUCCUCCUCCUGGGCGCCCUGCAACAGAUGCUCAGAGCUGCCGACUCCUAUUUUGAUAAUGUGAAUCUGAAUGAGCGGCUCACUGUGACACCUAAAGAUAUGAACUCCACGCUGUUUCCAUGAAUCACUUCUGUUAGGGUCUCAUAUUCUGUUUAUUUCCAUCACAGAAAAGUGAGUUGGCCCUAGCAUUUAGAUUAUGAAUGUAAGAGUAGAGCCCAAGUGGCAUUCUUUGGUCAUUAUAGGACAUCCCUGGGUGUCAAAUGCAGACCCUGUAGUCGUUCAAUUACUGAGCAUUAGAAUUGAUUAUCAGUUGGGUCAAUAACAAUAAUAAUAAUUGGCCAUGUUUAGGAACUCCUGCUUGUCCUUUCUGUUCUGUUAGUAAAACUCUCACUUUAAAGGGUUAAGAGCCUUGGGGUCAUCUGGUGCAAUAAAUAAAUAAAUGUACGGUAGAAAUGAUUAGAAAUAAUAUCUCUUAACAGUAAUCUGUAAAGUGAAAUUAAUAAAGAGCCUGGAAAAGA